AUGGAGAAAGCGCCAGACGUAUCCGCAAAAGCAAGUGGCACCAGUGUGCAGAUAUCCCGACAGCCCGACACGCCUAAGGGACGACGCCGCAACCGUGCAGGCGACAAGCGGAAAGACGUACCGCACCGACCACGGCGACAGCGGCUGGAGGCUGGUGGUGGUCUUGGUACGAGUCGAGUUCCUCCAAUGAGUGGUACUGGAAGCGGGCGGCGGUUCCGUGCUCCAAGUCAGUCCACACCCCAAGUGCGUGAGCGUCCGUGGGAGGACUCAGGAAGUGCGAACUUCAAGGGUCCAGCCAACACGCUAGCGGGCGAGAGACGUUGGGGAGGAGGGGCACGCAGGAUUCGUCGUGCAGAUCUGAUGCUGUUCAAGUCCCUGGCCGAGGACCAUGCGGCGACUCACAAGCUACACGCAGCACAGCUCCUCGAGGUAGCGUGUCAGUGUCUUCCACGGAGGUCCAAAGAGGGUGAUUUUCAUUUCUGGCCAGCUUCGCUUUCUGAUGAUAAGCACGGUGUCUCUCGGUCCUCUGGCGGGUUGGAACCCGGCCUCGCGUCAUUUGACUAA